AUACUCGUAACACAUUUAAAGACUUAAAAAAACUACGAAAAUGGUUUGUAACGAGAACACUGUUUCCUGUGCCGUUGUUGGUGAUGGAAUGGUAGGCAAAACAUGCCUUACUAAAAGAUUUGCUGGAAGCCAGUUCGCUGAACAAUAUGUUGCUACAGUUGCAGAAACAUCAACUGGAUCUGUGUCUGCUUAUGGUGACAAGUACAGCGUCAUCAGCUAUGAAGAUCAAUCAGCUAGAUCCAAAACAAUAACAGAAUCUGACGUCAUUGUUGUGUGCUACAGCGCAGUUGACAAAGAAUCAUUUGAAAACGUCAAAUCAUAUUGGAUUCCAAUGGUCAGAAAAAUAAAUAAGAAGAAACCAAUUGUUUUGGUCGCUACACAUAGUGACAUGCGUGAAGAGAAUAAUACUGACCAUGUAUCAGACGCUGAAGGACAAAACUUUAUGAAAUCAAUUAAUGCUGACUAUUACAACAAAUGUUCUGCUGCUACAAAUGAAGGAGUAAAGAAUGUCUUCGAAAGUGUCGUCUGUGCCGCUAUUAGAUACAGAAAAAAGAAAACCAAUGUACUUAAACGUGUAUUUGCACGAUGAACUUGAACUUAUCUCUGCCCGGAGAUAAACCUAUACUUUACACAUCUUAAAAUGUGUCAAAAAUAGCAAAAUACCUGUUGUAAAAAGACUUUGAGAUAGAUGUAGUUGGAGGUGGAAUGUACCACUGGUGUACAUUCCAAAGACGGAUUGAAAUAUUCCUGUCGAAUUUCAGUGAUUGAGAUGGAGAACAAGUGGUUCUGGUGAUGUUCAAGGACACAAACUUACAAAAACAAUGUGAAAUUAAUUACGAUGAUGAACUUAAAGAGAAAAAAUUUAUAUGUUGAAAAGACACAAACAA